GCCUGGGACCUAAACGCAGGGGCUAUUCGACGUGGCCGAUGGUUGGCACGGCCCAACAACGGCCAGUCGGCUUGCGACAGAGAAUUAUCGACGGCUCUCUGCCAUGUCCCUAGCGACGGGCCCUUCUUACCGCCAGCCUGGCCCCGGACGCGGAUUGCCAAGCCAGGGUGUCGGGACCCGUUACGGCCGGUUCGGGACCAGGCACCGCACCGACAUGGAUAUAUCUUCGGCUUCGUGCAGUCAGUGGGCCUACCUAGUUAUGUCCAGAACUUUAGAUGGCACCCGAUGCCCAAAGUCCAUCCGCUCAUUCUCGGAUGAAUGUUCAGCACCGACUAAUACUUGAUUCGUCCAACGGUCCAGCACGCUGCACGAUCACCAGCUUUCUCUUCUGGAGACCAAGGUGCUGCAGCACGCCAAGCCGGGACAAGACCUACCAUCCCGGAGCUAUUCAGCGGCGAAAAUCCGACCAGUACCAUUGGCCCGGUCUACUGACGAAGCCCAAGCAACGUCGUUCUUCGAACCAGCUGCAUGCUUGUUUCAUACUCGCGGUCGCACGCCAGUCUGUUGUAGUCAUGAACCUGCCUAUUCUAACGUCAAAUACUUAUCUGCGGGGCGGCCAUCCGCAGCAUAUCUCAGUCGCACAGCAAGACCAGGCCAGCCGAGCAGGCCGCAUCAUUGGCCAUCCAACCUCGCCAUACGGUGUUUCUUGUGCCACUCUGCAGUGUUCGUGCGACUACUGCACAGAUCUCGAGCAACGGCGUCACCCUUGUCCUCACGUGGGUGUAUUUGAAAUUCGUGCACAACGACCCAGCCCGUUCCGUCCUACUACGACUAGCUGGAAGGGCGGAGUGGUUGGCAUCAUUCCGGGGGCCGUCAACCAGUUGACAUUCACCGAGCUUACUGCAGAUCGAACGGUACUUUUUUCCCGUCCGAAGUGUCGGCCGUCAAUUCAAGCUUGCCCGGCGUCAGCCCGUCCAAAACUAGAGAGCUUGAGACGCAGAUCAAUGCUUGUUGUGGUUGAGUGACUGGGACUUGCAACCGCGGGGUCACGCCGGAGAUAAGCUAUUUCUCGCUUUCCCACGCGGACCGAUGACCGUUGGAUUCCCCCUCUCUUGUUAGUCUCGACGGGUAGAUUCCCCCUCCCCAGACUCUCCCCACGGGCAAAUGGAGUCUCGGAUGGAGCCCCCGGCCCAUGCCAUGUCGUAGACGUGUCCCGUU